CACUCGAAUGAACCUUGUCCAACAACCUUUGUAAAAAUUCAAGUUAGGAGUAUACCUAAUCGAAAGUAUACGUCAAUAUAAACGAAAAGCACACUUUAAACCUUGACUACAAAUCAGAAGUAAAAUUCGAAAUAUAUGUAAUAGUGUUAGUGUUGCGCAAUUCAUUUUUGUUUUGAAAUUUUUGAUCUUGAAAAACUAAGAUUUUUGCGGUCUUUCGACAUUUCACGAUGGCAUCAAUCAUUCAACAUACAGCACGAUGCAUUUUGUUUAGAAACUUCAACAUUUUACGAGCAGUUACUACACAUCACAGAAGUUUCCAUGCCAUUUCAAUUGUUCCUGCUUUUACAAAGACCCAGCUAAAACAACAAAUAAAAUUUCCAACCUACUGCACCGCUGAUACCAAAGGAAUUGAGGCACGAGUGAUGAGAGUCGUCGCUGAAUAUGAUAAAAUAUCUGCCGAUAAGCUUUCCUUAGACUCUCAUUUUAUUCAAGACUUGGGAUUAGAUUCAUUAGAUCAUGUUGAAGUUAUUAUGGCCAUGGAGGACGAAUUUGGGUACGAAAUCCCCGAUAAUGAUGCAGAAAAGUUGACCAGGCCGUCGGAUAUAAUUAAAUACAUUUCCGAGAGAGAGAGCUCUAAUGAAUAAAUAUUUUGCUUGAAUUAUACUGAAGACAAAUAUAUGAUCAGUCUUUCGAUAAGAACAAUAAAAAAGUUUUUGUAGUUAAUUUUAUUUUACAAGCAUACUUUUUACAAGAGCAAUAAGCAAA